AUGUUGCGAGGACUGCACCCACUGUGCGGUAUUUGCUGGUUCUUCCUCGUCUGGUCGCAACUCGUCUGCUCUCAAUCCUUCACUCCCGCUGCGAUCCCACUAGCUGUCAGGUCGCCUUACUUCAGCACCUGGCUCAGUACGACCAACGGUACAGACUUCACUAAUGCAUGGCCGCAGUUCUGGUCAGGGACCAAUGGCCAUAAUAAUGGCUGGGCAGGUCUAGUCAGGGUGGACGGUGAUACGUACAGAUGGUUGGGAGCGGCACCGGGAAUGAAUGAUACCAACCUCACCCGCUCACAAGUAACGCCUACGCGGACUGUUUGGACGAUUCAGGCAGGUCCAAUGAGCCUCACAGUCACCUUCCUUACCCCCAUUGAGCCCUCCGACUGGGUCCGCCAAUCAAUGCCUUUCUCUUAUCUGUCAUUUGAGGCAGCCGCGACAGACGGUAAAUCCCAUAGCGUCCAAGUCUACUCUGAUGUCAGUGCAGAGUGGCUGUCGGGGAACUUGAGUGCCCUUGUGCGAUGGAACACAACGACGACCAAUCAGCUCAUUUACCAUCAAGUUGAGCUUCAGAAUCCUACCCAAUUUGAGGAAGUCAGCGACCAGGCCGUAGAUGGCAGUCUUUACUAUGCCAUGGCGCAGGGCAAGAGUGCGACAUACCAAUCUGGCCAGGACUCCGUUGUCCGCGGUCAAUUCGUUAAAUCGGGUACUCUUCAGAACACCCAAGAUACUGACUUCCGUUCGAUCGCGCCUAACUACCCUGUGUUUGGUCUCGCUGUCGAUCUCGGAAACAUACAGUCCACUCAGUCUCCCGUGGUAUGGUCUGUUGGCUAUGUUCGGGAUCCAUCCAUCCAGUACACAACAGGAUCUGGGACGGUCCAGAAUCGCAGCCCUUACUACGUCACGCAGUACUCCAGCGUGGAAGACAUGACCAGAUCAACUCAGCUGGACAAUGAGAUUACGCAGAACGCGACAAACAUCUCAUCAGAGUACAGUGACCUGGUAUCUCUGGCCGCUCGUCAGACCUUUGGUGCGAUCGACAUCACCUGGAACACUUCCGAUGUGAUGAUAUUCAUGAAGGACAUGGGUACGAGCAGGCGGGUCAACCCUGUCGAAGUCAUGUAUGCAGCGUUCCCGAUGUUCCUCUAUGUGAACGCGUCAUACGGAGGAUCACUCCUGAAGCCCCUCUUGGAGUUCCAGACGUCGAGGAUGUAUUCCCUGCCGUAUGCUGCGUCUGACCUUGGCACGUCCUAUCCACUUGCGAGUGGAGACACAUCGUCAGGCCAACAAGGGCUCGAAGACACCGCUGACAUGAUUAUCAUGGCGCUCGCCCAUGCAAGAGCUUCUGGCGACGGGUCGCUCCUCGUCCAAUACUACGGCCUGCUUAAGUCAUGGACGGACUAUCUCGUGGAAAACUCGAAGACACCGGUCAAUCAGGUGUCCGCUGACAACCAGAAUACAGCCAACAUGACCAAUCUGGCGAUCAAGGGUAUCAUCGCGAUCGAGGCGAUGUCUCAAAUAGCCACUGCCGUUCGCAACACCAGCGAUGCUGAUAACUAUGCUCGCAUGGGAAUCGUUGGCACUGUCGCAAAACGCGGCGCAGGGGCUGCUGUUCAGUUACGGGAGUUCAACUCCUGGGCGUUGAUGUACAACCUGUAUGCCGAUCUCCUCCUGGGAACGAAAGUUAUCAGCCAAUCCGUGUAUGACCGCCAGGGCGACUACUACAAUUCGCUAAUCUCAGACGGGACGUCGCGAACCUAUGGUCUGCCGAUCGACAGCGCAGACGCUGUACAGGGCAGCUCAGCAUGGCUAUCCUUCACGGCUGCCACGGCGAACUCGAGCGUGCGGGACCAGUUCAUCUCAAUGAUUUGGAAGCGCGCCACGUACAAUAAAACGGCGGGUGUUUUCCCAGCGGCAUAUGAUGUGGACAGCGGGGCGGUCACGAAUGGUGCGGCUAGGUAUGCCAUGCAUGGAACUUGUCCGUAUGAAAUAACUCACGUUGCGCAUAGCCCCGCACAAGGUGCUAUGUUUGCCCUUAUGGCCCUUGACAUCGCCAACAAGACGAUCUCGCCGGGGACCGCGACAUCUGACUCGUCGUCAGACAAACACAUAGGCGGGAUAGUGGGUGGCGUCGUUGGAGGUGUCGGCGGUCUCGCUCUCAUCGUCGCUGCUGUCUUCUUCUGGCGAAGACGGAGGGCUCGAUCGGCGCAGGUUACGUAUGAGAAGACGGAGAUUGACGAAUCCGCGGUGGUCUCCCCCGAACCAUUCCCAUACCAGACCACGCCGUAUGUGCCUCCUGCGGCGGACCAGACACAAACCACGGACACGUCACAGUCGCCGCCACCGGUACCGGUCAUGUCUAGCAAGCUGCGCGAGCACCUACGACACAUAACGCCGCACGCACCUGCGUCAUCGGCGUCUGGCAGCGGCACGCACACAUCGGGAUCGAGGUAUAGCCAAGAUCCUCCUACGACCGCAGGUGCAUCGACGUCUCCAUCUGCGCGCAGCGAGAUUCACGGCCUUCGAGCCGAGGUCGAGAAUCUGCGGAUGUACAUGGAGCAGAUGCACGCGCAACAAUUGGAGGCACCUCCCAGCUACGCUGAGGAGUAA